AUGAACGCAGGCCAAAGAACCGCCAGGCAGCUAGUCGUCUUAGCACGCACGACACCAGAAUCUGUAUGCAACUCUUGCCUCUCGCGGAUAUCUCAAUACCGAUCAGCAUCCACUGCAGCAGCUGUCGCCCCUGCAGCCUCGACUUCGUCGCAAUCUCAGGAUGCUUCUGGCUCUCCUGCCGUCCGACCAGCAUAUCAACUACGCACUGGCGUAGUACUAUCACGACCUCCCGUUCUCACACGCGCUCUCCACCCCUUCGAGAAAGCCUUCUUCCUCUACCAAAAACGAUUGAACGAACGUCUGGCACUCCCCUUCACCCGCUACUUCUACUACAAGAAAGGAACGCCAGGCGACCGCGAAUGGAAGCGCAAGAUGAAGUUGAGGCAGACCCCUGCCCGUGACAUCGGUGUCUACAACGCAUACAGCGAGUCAGGUUGGAACGACGAGGUUCUCGUCAACGACAAGACGAGCGAGCCCGAGUCGCAAGUCGAGGCUCUGAUUAGAGAUGCUGAGGGAACCGAUGGCGAAGCAGGAGUCAAGAGAGAAACCAGUCAGGACAUUGUUGUACAACGGCCAUUGCCCAGAGUUACAGAGGAGGACCAGAAGGGUGAUCAGACCAGCUUGAACAGAUUGCUCGACAGAACCUUGUACUUGCUGGUCAAGAACAAGAAUGGUGUUUGGAGAUUUCCCGAGGACCAAAUCAAGGGCCCUGAGGGUCUGGACCAGGCUGCCGAGCGUAUCCUCGUCCAAGCAGGAGGCAUCAACAUGAACACAUGGGUCGUCGGAAAUGCCCCCAUCGGCCACUACUCCGGCAACUUCAAGAAGACCAUUACCAACUCAGAGAAGAAUGUUGAGGAGGUGGGCGAGCGUACCUUCUUCAUGAAGGCACGUAUCAUGGCUGGUCAGGCCGACCUGAAAGCCAACGCCUACGGCGACAAGGAGUUCAAGUGGCUCUCGAGCGAAGAGAUUCAGAAGACUGUCACUCCCAAGUACUGGAGCUCCAUCGCCAACAUGCUUGCAGGAAGAUAAACUGGACGCGGGAAAAACGUUUGUAUAAACUUUGUACAUUAUCAAUGAAGGCACACUUGCCGUGGGACAUUAUGCUCGAUCUCAGACAUCUUUUCAUCAUACACAUCAAGAGGGUCAAGCCAGAUGCAGCCUCAGAACGAAAAACAGCAUCCGAGAUCUAUGUUUCUCUCAACCAGAAGGUCAAGGAUGCUACAAAAAGGCAUUUGCCAUGAACAAUUGUGCCUCACAUAUUUUUGAGCUCGACUUGUCAGCACUUUGG